AUGAUUAUAUAUACCAUAUUCUUAUGGCUUGUAUAAAGUUUACCGAAUUACUAUGGAACAGCCCAACCAGAUAUCCAAUAGAUGAUUUAACUAAACUAUACUUAAAAAGUUAACAGCCUAAUAAUCAAAUUCUACAAAAGAGAAGACGAUGUACUUUGUUUAGUUUCUCCAAGCGAUUUGGAAUAAACGACAUUAAGUGAUCUUGAUUUGUCUUACAACCCAAAAGGAUCUGAAAUUUAUGACUAUCAAAGUUACUAAGCCAAUAAUGAGAAUCAGCUUGUCCAAUUGGAUUAUGUCGCAAUAAUCUACAUAAAAUGUUUGCAAUUAAACCAUACUCAAUACUAACCUAUCAGUCUGGAGAUCUAUUAUUAAGAAAGCCAACAUGUAUAAGGUUGCAUAAACGAUUGUAACGGAUACAACUAUCCUGACGUCUAGGAUUCUGUUUGUGUAGCUGAAUAAUGUCACUGUUUGGAUGGUGCAUUCGGAUAAUAUUGCUAAUUCCAAUCCGCACAGAUACAAAGCAACGUUCUUACUUCCUUUACCUUAGAUUCACACAAUUGGAAGUAUUUUCAGUACAAAUUUAGUUCGAAGGACAUAAAUCUAUUUUUAUAAAACGAAGAGGAUGAUUUAUGUAUUUAAUUGUACAAUAACAUAUAUAGAUUAUAGCUUUGUAUUAAAGGUAAAUCCUUAAUUGAAUAUCCCAACUAUGAAGGACAGUUAGAAAUUAUUGACACUCAAUAAUAUUUAAUAGGAAUUAAGAGGCAAAUUGAAUAGUACAUAUGUCGACAUAAUUUAUAUCGGACUCUACAAUAAUCAAUCUAAAUCUGUCAACCUACAAUUCAAGAUCAUCACAACUGAAGAAGAGGAAGAAAGCACUUUUGAGCGAAACAAAAUUAUUAUUGUUGUGACUGGAUGUGUGGUAGGAUCAUUGCUCUUGUUUGCUUUCGGGUUAUCAGCUCUCAAAUCUCGGUAACAACGAUAAUUCCAAUAACAAAUACAAGAGGUGAUUAGAAGAAAUCUAGACCAAGUUCGUAAUAUGGAAUAAAUGCAAGCCUAAAGUCCAGAUCGCUAAGUCAUCCAAACCAAUAACAAAGGUACAACUUAAGCAACUUAUGAGGUCUCUCGUUAAGAUUUAUUAAAGAUCACUUUAAAGGACAUAACUAUGAAAAAAUCACUAAAGUAUAUCCAGGCUUGUCCUAAUUUGAAGAAUGUGCUGUGUGUUUAGAAUAAAUGAAGAAGGCUACUACGAAACUACAAAAGAUUUGUUCUGUCACUCCUUGUUUUCACAUUUUCCAUUCCAUGUGUCUUGAGGAAUGGUUAUUAAGAUAGAAGAAUUGUCCAUUUUGCAGAACUGAAUUUACUAGAAAGAAACUCAUCAAAGACUACCCUUGGUUGGAGAUUAACACUCUUAGAGUUAACAAUACAGAUUCAACUUAUUUGAGUCGUAUGAAAAAUAAUUUAGAAACUGUUAAUGAGAGUUAAAUUGAAUUUGCAAAGUAGUACCCAAAAGAUUUAGAAUAACAAACAAACUAAAUCGAAGAAAUUAAUGAAUGA